GGACAGGGACCAGGGAUGGGGACACACCUGGGAUGGGGACAGGGACAGGGACAGGGACACACCUGGGACAGGGACAGGGAUGGAUCCCAGGAUGGGGACAGGGACAAGGAUGGGGACACACCUGGGACAGGGAUGGGGACACUCCUGGAAUGGGGACAGGGACAAGGAUGGGGACACACCUGGCACAGGGACAGGGACACACCUGGGACAGGGAUGGAUCCCAGGAUGGGGACAGGGACAAGGAUGGGGACACGCCUGGGAUGGGGACACAUCUGGCACAGGAAGAAGGGACAAGGAUGGGGACACACCUGGCACAGGGACAAUCCCAGGGCACAGCUGGAUCUGGGACACCGUUGGAUCCCGGGUUGGGGUCACAUCUGGGACAGGAGUGGGGACAGGGACGGGGACACACCUGGGACGGGGACAGGGACACACCUGGGACAGAGACAGGGACAGGGACGGGGACAGGGACACACGUGGGACAGGGACACACCUGGGACAGGGACAGGGAUGGGGACAGGGACACACCUGGGACAGGGACACACCUGGGACAGGGACAGGGACAGGGACAGGAACAGAGACACACCUGGGACAGGGACACACGUAGGACAGGGACAGGGACAGGGACAGGGACAGGGACACACCUGGGACAGGGACAGGAACACACCUGGGACAGGGACAGGGACAGGGACACACCUGGGACAGGGACACACGUGGGACAGGGACAGGGACAGGGACACACCUGGGACAGGGAAAAGGACAGGGACAGUCCAGGGAUACAGCCAGGACAGUGCUGGGACAGGGACAGAUCCCUGAACAGGGACAGUGCUGGGACACUGCUGGACACUGGACACAGCCAGACCCCAGGGCAUUGCUGGACACAGCCAGACCCCAGGGCAUUGCUGGACACAGCCAGACCCCAGGACACUGCUGGACACAGCCAGACCCCAGGACACUGCUGGACAUUGGACACAGCCAGACCCCAGGACACAGCUGGACACUGGACACAGCCAGACCCCAGGACACAGCUGGACAUUGGACACAGCCAGACCCCAGGACAUUGCUGGACAUUGGACACAGCCAGACCCCAGGACAUUGCUGGACACAGCCAGACCCCAGGACACUGCUGGACACUGGACACAGCCAGACCCCAGGACACUGCUGGACACAGCCAGACCCCAGGACACUGCUGGACACUGGACACAGCCAGACCCCAGGACACUGCUGGACACUGGACACAACCAGACACUGAGACAGGGACAGUUCCAGGACAGGGACAGGGACACUGCUGGACACAACAGGGACAGAUCCCAGAGCAGGGACAGGGACACGGCUGGACACUGGACAGGGACAGGGACACUGGACAUGGCCAGGACAGGGACAGGGAUGGGGACACAGCUGGACACUGGACACGGGACAGGGACACAGCUGGACACAACACAGCUGGACACGGGACAGGGACACAGCUGGACACUGGACAGGGAACAAGGACACUGCUGGACACAACAGCCGGAGCCCAGAGCAGGGACAGAUCCUGGGACAGGGACACUGCUGGACACUGGACAGGGACAAGGACACAGCUGGACACAACACAGCUGGACACUGGACACAGCCGGGACAGGGACAGGGACACUGCUGGACAUGACAGCCAGAUCCCAGGACAGGGACAGGGACACAGCUGGACACUGGACACGGCCAAAUCCUGGGACACGGCCAGAUCCCAGGACAGUGCUGGACAUGGCCAGGACAGGCACAGGGACACAGCUGGACAGGGGCAGGGGCAGGCACAGGGACACAGCUGGACACUGGACAGCCAGGUCCCAGGACAGGGACACUCCCAGGACACGGCUGGACAAUGGGACAGGGACAAUUCCAGGACAGGGACAGAUCCCAGGACACGGCUGGACAAUGGGACACGGACAAUUCCAGGACAGGGACAGAUCCCAGGCCCGAUUCCCUCCUGGAUGCCGUGGGACCAACAAGGGUGUGACCGGAUCCCCCUGGACACCCCAAAUGGAUCCCAGAUCCCCCUGAAUGGAUCCCAGAUCCCCCUGGAUAGAUCCUGGACUCCCCAAACGGAUCCCAGAUCCCCCUGA